AUGAUGCCAGUACAAAUAAUAAGUUACAAGGCUAGGGAGCUACUUAACCGUUAUAUACGUACAGAUUUUAGGCGAUCUAUUAGUACUUUAGAACCCGAAAAGCCACCAUUUUUGAUGAUUGCAUCAAUUGGUAACCCAGAACCUCAAUAUCAAGGAACAAGACAUAACGUAGGACAUUGGGCUCUCGAUGAGUUGAUAACCAAUCAUUGGACAUCUUUCAAUCAAUUUCAAUCCCAUAAGAAUAUUCCUGAUGGUGUGUAUAGCACGUCGAGCGUGGAAGACCUAUCAGAUGUGUUUCUUUUCAAAUCAAUAUAUUCGUUUAUGAACUUGCAAGGAGCACCUGUUAGUAAGACUUGGCAGAAAAUUAGCAAUUACCAAAAGACAGCCCGUUCGCCAGCAUUGGUAGUACUCCAUGAUGAGUUGCAGGUGCCAUUUGGUAAGUUUCAAAUAAGAAAGCAGCUUAGUAGUGCCAGAGGGCACAAUGGUUUGAGAUCUAUUGACUCGUUGAUGGGAGGUGGAUACACAAAAAUAUCUAUUGGUAUUGGUAAGCCGACUGCAAAGGAUUUAUCGAACUAUGUUUUAUCCCCUUUCACUCCAUUGGAACAAGAGGUAUUGACUUAUGAUGUGAUGCCUCAAAUAGUAAAUGUAUUGCAAGAAAUGAAAGAUGGAAAGUACAUUUAUGACAAACAAGAGUCCGAUCCAAAUCAGCCUAAGAAGAAGAGGCAAAAGUAA